AUGCACGUCUCAGUGGUGACCGCAGAUGUGAUACUGCUCCUGAGUAUGGGGUGGUCAUCAGACUCUCUCUGCUCACCCAUGAUUUUUUACAGAGACUGCUGGAUCCAUCGCUAUCCAGGUCUCCAGGUGGACUUGGAGGAGUCUCAGAAGUUGGGAGCUCAGUUCCUGAAGUAUUAUUCUGAAAGCAAUGGCCAGAAAUGCAGUCGGAGCUGCUGCCUUAGGAAAGAUGUGUCCUGUAACCUGGCCGUCUUCUUCCACGAUCCCAUCCAUGACAAUGUCAACUGCCUCCACAUUCACUGCCCCACACUGGAGAGCUGCAUAUUACAGCCUGGAGCCAGUGCCAUUUUGUACAACAUCUCAGAAGGUAUAGAUCCUGAUUUGCUGGUCUUUGAAUCACCUCCCAAAUAUCUAAAUACUCGGUCUUCAUCUAAUAAGUGGGACAGACUAAAGAUUAUAAAGGCUGUGAAUUUAGAUAAACAACAUACCACCAUGGUAAACCAAAUGCUGCUGUCAAUACAGGUUCCACCCUCGACUACAAAUCAAGAUUCGGUUAUAAGUACAAACAACGCCAGUUAUUCCAAGGAAUUAGCCACUGAUCCUUGGGCAAGAUUAAUUUCUGUGAAAGACUCUAAAACCACAAAGGUAACUAUGGUGUCACCAAGGACUGAUUUCAUCAACAAUCCAGAUGACAAGACCAUUUCUCCUUUCUUUGUGCCCACAGAUACAAAACUCUCUCAUGUGCCUGUUCCAUCCCGACUCAACAGUAGCAAACAAUUACUAAACAAAACCAAGGUGUACAACCCCAGAAACCACACGCCUGAGCCUGGAGACGAGAUGCCUGGUGGAGCACCUGAUGGAAUGGUUUCAAAGACUUGGCUGGUUCCUGUGGCACUUUGUUCCACUGUCAUUUUUCUUUGCUUUUGUAUAGCCAUCUUGAUAUCUGGACACUGUCGAAAGCAUCAGGGCCAGUAUAAACCAGGACAGAAAGUCAGGAUGCAGGCAAAUUAUAAAAAUCCACCAUUCUGA